CGACACAAUCGACUUUUAAUGAUGUUCCUCGCGCUCCUCCUGACGUUAUUUUCAAUCUUACCGCCACAUACAAAGCUGAUACCUUUGAAAAAAAGGUUAACUUGGGUGUUGGUGCGUACAGAGACGAUAACGGAAAACCUUGGGUAUUACCGGUUGUAAAAAAGGCUGAACGGGAGAUUAUAAAUGAUCCUAAUCUUGAUCAUGAAUACCUUCCUAUUACGGGGCUUGCUCCUUUCAAAGAAGCAGCCAUAAAGUUGAUUCUUGGUGCUGAUAAUCCGGUCAUUAAAGAAAAACGACCUAUAUUUAACAAUGUCGGUUUCGAAACCAGGGACUAUGCUUACUACGAUCCAAAGACGAUUGGAUUGGAUAUUGAUGGACUGCUUAACUCCUUAAAUGUACGGGAUGCUCCCGAAGGUUCUAUUAUCAUAUUGCAUGCAUGUGCUCAUAAUCCAACCGGUGUAGAUCCAUCCCAAGAACAAUGGAAAUUGAUUGCAGAUGUUAUGGAAGUACGUUUUGCUAGUGGUGAUUUAGACCGUGACGCUUGGGCUGUUCGUUAUUUUGUUGAACGUGAUUCUGAAGCUGCCGUUAAAGUAGAAAGUCAACUUGCAAAACUUCAACGUGCCGAAAUCUCUAAUCCUCCGGCACACGGGGCUCGUAUUGUUAGUUUGGUACUGAAUGACCCCGCACUCUUUGAAGAAUGGGUUGAUAAUCUUAAAACCAUGAGUUUCCGUAUCCAAGAAAUGCGUCGUCGUCUUUAUGUAAAUCUCAUUGAACUUGAUACUCCUGGAACUUGGAACCACAUUACUGAUCAGAUUGGAAUGUUCUCUUUUACUGGACUCAAACCACAACAAGUUAAAGUCAUUAAAGAAAAAUAUCAUGUGUAUUUGACAGAUAAUGGCCGUAUUUCUAUGGCAGGUUUAUCUUCUAAAAAUGUGGAAUAUUUUGCAAAAGCUGUAGAUGAUGUU